GUUGGUGAUGAUUGGAAAAAUGAGUGAGGGAGAGGCGAAGAGGAGAUGGAAUCCGACAGGUGAGCAGGUGAGAAUACUUGAGAGAAUGUACAUGGGGGGCACCCACCGUCCCACCACGAAGGAGAUUCACCAUAUCACAGAACUCCUCAGCCGCCACGGAUCUGUGCAAGGAAUCAACGUCUACUACUGGUUUAAAAAUCGCAAAGCAAGGGAGAAACGAAGCAUUGCCAAGAUGCAUGCGUCUGCUCUCACAGUCAAAUGGGGAGGCUUGAAAUUGAAAGCUGUUGGUAAUGAUUCUGAUCACAGACACUUUAUCUCUACUAAUCUGCAGGAGGCGGCAGCGGGUAUUUAUGGUUUGUGCGUUGAAGAGAAUGGUUACGUCCUCCCCUCCGCUCUUCCAGCCAGGAAGGAAGAAAAACCCUUGCAGACUCUACAAUUAUUUCCUCCCUCUGAUAAAUGAAUCACCUCAUUAUGUGCAGAAAUUACAUGCUCUAAAUAUCAUCUUAUGGGGAUUAUCGUUUUCUUUUUUCAGUUGAAUAAUGGAAGUUUGUCAGUCUGAAAGCACAAUGAUUUAGUUCAUGCUUCCUUCUAUCCAGCCAUCCAUCCAAUACUGAUCUUCCUUCUUUUUGUGCCAUCCAUCCAGUAGAUCUUAGAAGAUUACAUGACCAGUCAGUUUUAAAUGUUUGCUUCUAUUUUAGUGAUAAUUGUGACUUUAACAGUCCAGUUGUUCAACGCUGCAUAUUCAGUCAUGUACGAAUUGAGA